UUUUAUUCAUUACUGUUGACCAAUUCCGGAGUGUCAAUGAAUUCGACGGUCUUUCAAAAUAUUUUACUGGGUCUCUUAAUUGGAUCGUUCUUCAUAUUCAUCACUUGUGUGCUGUGUACGGGUGCACUGAGCGACCGAGGUUUCUGCUGUCGCGAUUACGCGAUCCAUAUGCAUGAUGGCUUAGUGCACGAUAAUACUCCGAUGGAAAGUAGACCGAAAAAUGGCAAAAAGAAGAAAGAUGUCGAGAAUGGCUCAGAGUCAUCGGAUAGAACGACGCGAUCGCAAUCGAGUGCGGCAUCAGAGAGUGGAUUACAAGUCGAGGAAGCGAAUGAAACUGGUGAUCGUUCGAUCGUUGAAAAGAUCCUGAUCGUUGAAACUGAUCUCAACGGACGUUUCGUUUUUACCUUCUCAUUUAGUUUAGCAUUAUCUGCAAUCCACAUUCUAAAUGGGUUGGACUGCACAGUGGUCUGUAAGAAAAAGUACACAAACCCGUUUUCGGUACCUCGCGCGUUCAGUUGCUCUGUCCGAAAAUCGCUGUAUGAUCGAAUUUCGAACCUCUCCGUUCAGCCAGUCGUUCUCGAGCAUGAUUCUAAUCGGUAUGCCAAGGAGGUGAGAUUGCAUUGUUUCUUUUUUCAUGAUUCUUUGAAAAAGAAUAUUGUUCAGUUAUGCUCGCAGCUCGAUGGUCUUCUUCAACCUUCUGCCGAAGCAUACGAACUUCGCAGUCUCCUCUCUUCUGCUCAUUUACAGGCGGUGCUACAAGCACACGAUGUAAUCAUUCAUGAAGUUUACGAAGGCAGUGGACAUAAUCCGAGCAGUCAUGCGACGAGUACUCCUGAAUUGGUUCAUCAACCUCAGCCGCACACUUCUUCACAGAGUCCCCCAUUACCGUUCUCAUAUCUAAAUGGAGGUGUCCUACCGUCUCAAGCGAAUGCAACGGCAUCAGCAUCAGCAGCUGAUGAGUUGCCACCGACCUUCGUGCCGCCGUUAUUCGAUGAUGACGAUGAUUUAAUGAUGGAUGUUGUGAGUCGAGUUCGGUUGGUGCAAUUCCAAAAGGAUACCGAGGAACCGAUGGGCAUUACAUUAAAGGUAACAGAAGAUGGACGUUGCCUCGUGGCCCGAAUAAUGCAUGGUGGGAUGAUUCAUAGACAAGCAACAUUGCACGUUGGUGAUGAAAUUCGUGAGAUAAACGGUGUGAGUGUGAGUAAUCAGAGUGUUGAGUCAUUGCAACGAAUGCUUCGUGAUGCGCGUGGUACUGUCACAUUCAAAAUUGUGCCGUCAUAUCGAAGUGCACCGCCGGCGUGUGAAAUAUUCGUCCGUGCUCAGUUCGACUACGACCCGUCUCAAGAUGAUUUGAUACCGUGCCCACAAGCUGGUGUUCCCUUCAAAACUGGAGACAUUCUUCAGGUAAUUUCAAAAGAUGACCACAACUGGUGGCAAGCUCGAUUCGUGAAUGCGUUUCCAGCAUUAGGCAGUUCUCAAGGUGGUGCUCACACACCAGGUGCCUCGGUUGCUGGUCUUAUCCCUUCGCCUGAACUACAGGAAUGGAGGACAGCGUGCAUGGCAAUGGAGAGAGCCAAAGACAAUACUCAUUGCAUGUGGUUCAAUAAGAAGAAGAAGUAUUACACAACAAAGUAUCUUCAGAAGCAUUCGGCUUUAUUUGAUCAAUUAGAUCUCGUUACGUAUGAGGAGGUAAUUCGACUAGCCACGUAUCGGCGGAAGACGUUGGUGUUGCUUGGUGCACACGGUGUUGGUAGACGUCAUAUCAAAAAUACACUCAUUCAUAGGCAUCCUCAGCGAUUUGCAUAUCCCAUACCCCAUACAACAAGGCAGCCUCGUAAGGAUGAGAUUGAUGGAAAGCAUUACUAUUUCGUUUCGAACGAUUGCAUGUUAGCUGACAUUCAGGCAAAUGAAUACUUAGAAUAUGGUACGCAUGAGGAGUGCAUGUAUGGAACUAAACUUGAAACGAUUCGAAAUAUCCAUAGGACAGGCAAAAUGGCUAUUUUAGACGUUGAACCACAGGCAUUGAAGGUACUUAGGACAGCCGAAUACUCUCCAUUUGUUGUAUUUAUAGCAGCACCAAAUCUGCAGGGUUUACAAGAUCCUGAUGGUAGCUUAGAACGUCUGCUAAAAGACAGCGAGAUCCUUCGGCAAGCAUUCGGUCAUUUAUUCGAUUAUGUGAUCCUGAACAAUGAUAUCGAUGAAACGAUUCGACAGUUGGAGUUAAUAGUUGAAAAGCUGCACGCUUGUCCGCAAUGGCUACCUGUUUCAUGGGUCUACUGA